AUGUCACUGGGGUCGGCUGGUCGCCCGGACAGCAGAGAGAAAGUGUCUCAGAUUGAAGGAAGCGCUAUUCUUUUAGUAGGUGCGCGUGGUGCAGGGAAACGAACCAUUCGCUCGAUUCUGCUCGGAGCUCCAAGCGCUUCAGCAGUAGAUAGCCCCGUCCAGUCAGGUCAGCUGAGCUCGCUCAGACUCUUCGGGUCGGUUGUGCUUUGCCUCCUGGACUUGGAGCUUCCAAUAAGCGUCGAGACUGCGUCACAGCUGCGGGGAUUCCUUCGAACCGGCAGGGUACUCUCGCUGGUCUUCAUUGUCGAUGUCAGUUCGAGCGAGGGAGCCAGCGCCGACAGGAACUGGAUACGGGCGGUGACGGAGCUUACGGUUGCAAAGAACUUGCCCGCACUGCAGCGAUACAUCAUUCUACACAAAACCGACAUGCUGCCAGACGGGUCGGCCGCUGCGCAGCUGCGUCGGCAAGCGCGAGUCUGCUGUGAGGCCGGCUAUCUCGACUCGAGUCGCUGCUUCAGGACGUCCAUCUGGGACUCGUCUCUUUACCACGCAUGGUCGACCAUUGCUCGUUCGCUGGUACCGGACAUUGCACAAGUCCAGGAGGCGCUGCAAGCGCUCAGCCGGGACCCGUCUGUGCGCCGUAUCGUGCUCUUGGAGAGCACCUCUCUGCUCGUGCUCGGGUACGCAGGGGCGCCUCUGUACGGACGACCAUCGCUAGAGACGGAACCGAAAGCGGCUUCAUCACCUGUGAGUCGAUGGCUUGCCUGGUUCGGUUCAAGUGAGACCCUUCCUCGUGGGCAGCCUCAGGCUGGGUCAGAGCGUCCUGCCGAGGAACUCGCUGACCCUACCCAGAGCACGAAGCAGCGCAGUCGUUGGCCCUGGCGGAAACUGGAACGCUGGUCUAGCGCACCGCUACUGGACCGCUCGGAACUCGUGGCGAUCUCUGAGCCGUUUCGACUCAAGGAUGCCGAGGCGUUCGAAAAAAUGAGCCUCAUCCUCAAGCGCCUAAAACUCGCAUGUAUGCGCACAGGGACCAUGUUUCAGAUGCUUCGCGUGCGGAAGCAGCACGGUGAUGCGCUCCUUGAGGCGUUUACCCCACAUACGUUGAUUUUGGUGCAUCUUCGCGCGUCGGAAAAUAGAGAACAGGAGCAGAAGCGCAUUCUUUCUGCGAUGCGGGAAACCUUGAAACCAGCGUAUCGUAGUAUUGCAAAAUUAGAGCACACUGCAGAGGAUGUUCCGUGGAGUCUUUCGGACAGUUCCAGAAUCGGUGCUUUCUGA